GAGCUGGAGACCACAGUUCAGGAAGUCCUGGGGAGACUGAAGAGCCACCAGUUUUUCCAGUCCACAUGGGACACUGCUGCCUUCAUCAUCUUCCUCAUCUUCGUGGGUACGGUGCUGCUCCUGCUGCUGCUGGUCAUCGCCCACUGCUGGUGCUGCAGCUGCUGUGGCUCCCCUGGGCCCCGCAGGGCAAGCCCCAGGAAGGUGAGCCCCUGGAAGGAAAGACCCAAGGGAGUGGAUAACUUGGCCCUGGAACCCUGA